UUGGGAGCAAUCGCUGAAUAACUAAUUGCACUAGGAACGCCCCUUUUACAUCGACAAAAUUGAUAUGCCACCAUGUCUUAUUGCAAAAAAAAUAAUAAUAACAGCCAAUGUGGGGGCAGAUCAAGAGCAUCGUUUUAUGAAGAAACUAAGAACGCAUACUAGUAUAAGGAAAUAUACCCGUCUUCAGUCGCUGGCAUCAGCAGGCUGAUAUGUCAAUCAGGCAGAUUUUUGGCCUGAAUGUGGGCGGGCCAAAAUCUGUCUGAAAAUCUUAUAAGAGUGUGGAGUGUAUUCUAGCUGCCGUCGUCUUGAAAUAAAACAAGUCAAGAUCAUGGCUGCUGUUCUCUUUCUAUUUCUUCACUUUCUCACUGCCCCAGCAUUGGAAUCCGCUUCUGACAAAGACUCACCGUUUAAGUACCCACAUCUCACGAGGUGUGUGUCCACCAACAUGGAGACUUUCUACUGCAGAUGGGAUGUUGGAACCUUGCAGAACCUCUCAAAACCAGAAGAUUUGCGCUUAUUCUAUAUUACCAAAUUUCACAACACAAUUUGCGUCAAACAAAGCGGAUUUGCUGACAUGCUGUACAAGAACGCUGCUUGGAAGUACAGCAUUACUUUUCUCCAUGUUGGACCCCUGCAUGCAUCUUCUAAAGAGUGGAGCGAGUGUCCUCAUUACUCCAUAGUAAGGUUAAACGAGUGUUUCUUCGGUGAAAACCACACAUCCAUUUGGAUAGAUUACAGCAUUCAACUCCGCUCAAGGGAUCAAACCAUCCUCUAUGAUGAGAAACACUUCAAUGUCCAGGACAUUGUGCAACCGGAUCCACCUAUCGGCCUAAACUGGACAAUGCUGAAUGUGAGUUUGACUGGUAGCUUCUAUGAUAUAAUGCUCAGUUGGAAGCCGCCUCCAUCUGCUGACGUCAACAUGGGAUGGAUGACUUUGCAGUAUGAGGUCCAAUACCGUAAAGUACAUUCUGAACACUGGGAUACGGCUGAGCUUGUAAAAAGCACACAUCGCUCCGUGUAUGGGCUUCAAACUAAUGUAAAUUAUGAAGUGCGAGUCCGCUGCAAAAAGCACGGUGAGAAGAAGUUUGGAGGGUUCAGUGACUCUAUAUUCGUCCACGUCCCAUCUGAAGCAUCAAGAUUUCCUUUGGUGGCUUUACUCAUCUUUGGCACCUUGUGCUUGAUAGCCAUCCUGAUGUUGGUUAUCUUAUCGAAGCAGGAAAAGUUGAUGGUCAUUCUUUUACCACCUGUUCCUGGACCUAAAAUAAGAGGAAUUGACCCUGAACUACUAAAGAAAGGGAAGCUAAAGGAGUUCACAUCUAUCCUGGGCUCCCCCCCUGAGCUGAGGCCAGAGCUGUACACCAAUGACCCCUGGGUGGAGUUCAUCGAUCUGGACUUUGAGGAGCAGAGCGACAGACUAACGAACCUGGACACUGAUUUCCUCAUGGAUCGAUCCUUGUUCUCCAAUUCCUCACAUCUUUCCAUCGGUUUCAGGGAUGAUGACUCGGGCCGCGCAAGCUGCUGUGAUCCUGAUCUUGCCAGUGAUCCGGAAACAUCACAUUUCCAUUCCCUCGUCACAAACCAAAUCCACCACAAGGAGCCAGCUGCUGCUGCUGCUGCCGGACCUGGCUCUGCAAGCCCAAGCACCACAGCAGGAGAGCCUCCUUCAGUAGUCCCUGUCAGAGAAGCACUGUACACGCAGGUAAGCGAGGUCAAGCCUUCUGGCAAGGUGCUGUUGUACCCUGAGGAUGAGAUGGAGGAAAACACACUCAAAGACUCCAAAGAAAUUAAAACAGCUGAAAAAAAGCUCCUGCUAAAUACAGAUCACAGAGGUUACACCUCAGAGCUCAAUGCAGGAAAAAUGAGCCAAUCUUUGCCGACAUGCAAUGUCAGUGACUCAUGUUCAACAGGGGAAGAUUUGAGUUCUAUCACAUGUUCAUCUUCAGAGGACUACCAUCAACCUUCCCAUGAAUCGGUUACAAAUCCCACAUCCCACUUUCACCCUACUCCUGUCUAUACUGUAGUAGAGGAUGUCGAUAGGCAAAACAGCCUUGUACUGACACCAAAUUCAAUACCGGCCCUUCAGCUGACAGUCCCCAAGGCCAUGCCGACACCAGACGGCUACCUGACCCCCGACCUUUGGGGAAGUAUUACACCAUAAACCUGAAACGACCUAUCUAAAGUUAAAAAUAUUCACUCACCAGUAGAGACAAACUCUUAAAACACUCUUUAUGAUUAAUGACUGAGUCUUAUGCUUCAGUGUUGAAUGUCACUUCGCCUAAAAUAGAAAAGGAUGACCGUCCUGCCACCAACUCUACAGGCUACUACCCCGAGUGGCAAGAAUGCUUAUUAAUGCAGAAACAAAAGGGAACUCAAGAACUGGAAUCUGUUGCUAUAAUUCUAUACUGUGAACCCCCACAUAUUAUAUACCCUCCAUUGUUUGCUGGAAGUCUUGGCUAUUUGCUGUUUUUUUUCAAGGGCAAGAGAAAUCAAAGUAUGACCUUGGCACCAUCUGGUGGAAUCGUGGUGUUGUUGUUAGGUCUAAUUUGUCGAUGGUGUUUCUCUAGUCUGCGUUUGAGAUGUCCUGUUAUGUUGUCGGUCCUUAAAUGCACCUUAUACACAGUCAAAGUGAAAUUGAAAUUAUGUUUUUGCUUAUCUCUUGUACCAAUAGCCAGUGUAAUCUACUUUACCAUUACAAUUUGCCUGUAUUUCUAACAUUUACAAUUGUGUGUAAAUGCCAAAAUGUGAGUUUAAUGACUUAACACUGUUUGUGUUAAGUGUUAGUGCACGUAUCGCUGGUGUCUGGCCGAAACGUCCUAUAUUCAAAUUUGGUCAAUUUCAUCCAUCCAUCCAUUUUCUGAGUCGCUUCUCCUCACUAGGGUCGCGGACGUGCUGGACCCUAU